CCGGUUCAUGCAUAUGGCGAGCAUGGUCGUUUGUUAUAAGAAUAAUGGCGAAAAAAUUUUUUUUCGUUAGUCUGUUUGCACUCUUCAUGCACGGUGUGUCUGACGUUUAUCAAGUGUCAGUGUCAGUGAUAAGUGGAGAUUCGGUCACUCUACACUCUGGUGUUGAAACACACCAAGAAGAGAGAAUUAGGUGGUAUAAUAAUGACAUUCGCAUCGCUCAAAUCAAUGAAGAUCAGAGUAAGAUCUGUACAGAUGUUCAGUGUAAUGAAGGUACUGAGAGAUUCAGAGAAAGACUGAAGCUGGAUCAUCAGACUGGAUCUCUGACCAUCACAAAUAUCAGGACCACAGAUGCCGGAGUUUAUAUACUACAGAUCAUCAAAAACAACAACAUCAGUGAAAAGAACUUCAUUGUUGCUGUUCAUAGUUUUUCUGCUGCUGAACAAGAUGAAAUUAAGAGAAAGUCUGCGAAGAAGGGAGAAUCUGUCACUUUAUAUCCUGGUGUAAUGAAAACCCCAAAUGAAGUGAUGAUGUGGUAUUUUAAUGACACUUUCAUCGCUGAAAUCACUGGAUAUCAGAGUAAGAUCUGUACAGAUGAUCAGUGUGAAGAGAGAUUCAGAGACAGACUGAAGCUGGAUCAUCAGACUGGAUCUCUGACCAUCACCAACACCAGAACCACAGACUCUGGACUUUAUGAACUACAGAUCAACAGCAGCAGAUUCAACAUCUUAAAGAGAUUCGGUGUUAAUGUCACUGGUGAGCCCUGCCCGCCGAUGGAGGAGCAGUGUGGUUAA